UUCAAAUUGCCAAAACAAUCAGCGACAAUCGGCGAGUUGUUUUUCGACUGUAUCAGAGUUAUUAUAAUGCAAUGUCAUUUUUUCGACAACACGCGGCGAUCAUUUCGGGUAUUGGAACCACUGUAAUAUUUGGUGCAGGUGCCACAAUUUUGUAUUUUCGUCUGGCGCAAGUCGCACGAGAGCUAGAGCGGCUUGGUGCUACAGUCGCAAGUCUCAAAGCUGACUUUGCAGAGCUCCGAGAGCGACUUUCCACAAGCUCUGGUCGAAGAAGAAAGAAUCCUUCGUUCUAUUCACUCGCGACAAGCAGCGGAGAUGACGAUGAAGAGGUCUAUCUGGAUGCUUACGGAGGAAGUGACCUUGAAUCUUUGAAGGAAGUUGCAGCAGAGCUUCAGGACAACUUGAAUCGGACUGCAGGAAGUCUGACAGGGGAUGAUAUAUUUACUCGUGUUGACCGCUUGUUUGAUGGGGAGAACACAGACCAAGAGGAGGCAUACCGACUGCUUCUCAAGAGCAAAGCAAGGCACCCAACUGAUGUUGAGUUCCUCUGGAGGCUGUCAAAAGCAUGUUACCUGGUUUCAAGAAUUGAGGGUUUAAGAGGAAAUGACGAAAAGAAGAAAGAACUGCUGUACAUGGCCCGAGACAAUGCCAGUGAUGCUCUUAAACUUAAUGAUAACUGUGGAAAUGCCCAUAAGUGGUAUGCAAUAACUCUUGGGAGCGUUGGUGAUUAUGAAUCGACACAGAACAAAAUCAAGAAUGGGUUUGAUAUUAAGAAACACAUUGAAAAAGCAAUAGAGCUGAGUCCCCCGGACCCUUCCAACCAUCACAUGCUGGGCAGAUGGUGUUACAGUGUGUACAUGCUGUCCUGGAUCGAGAGGAACCUUGCUGCCACGCUGUUUGCCACGCCUCCAACUGCCUCAGUAGAUGAUGCUCUUAAGGAGUUUCUUGAGGCUGAGAGGUUAAACCCUGGCAGAUGGAAAGAAAACAUGCUGUUCAUUGCAAAGAGUUAUAUUGAGAAGAGAAAGUACAGUGAGGGCACAGAAUGGCUGGAGAAGGCAGAGCGAAUUGAGGUCAAGAGUGCUGACGAUGAAGAACACCAGUCUGAGAUCCAACAACUGCUGGCCAAGUACGGGAGAUAAUGUUAUGACUGAUAGGGACAUGCAUAAUUAUGGGUUGAUGUAUGUAAAGGAAAUCCUUAAAUCUUGUCUGAGACAUGUAUGCCACAUAACCUUUCUUUGAUUAAGAAAACACUUCAAAGGGUCAGUGACCCUGAGGUCAGAAAUAUUAUGUUUUGUAAUUUUAUGAUGGUAGAGUAUAUUGUACACUUUUUCCUUCUACGAACUUUGAUACAUAUUCUUGUAAAUGGAAAUGGUGACCAUUAUUAUUUAUUACUUACUUUAUCCUGUUCAGAGUGACCAGAGACUCAAUGACUAUUUAACUAGAGUUUAAGAAAUGGGGAAAAAAUGUAUCUAUCAAACAGAUACUGAACUAAUUUUCUUACAAUACUGUGUAUACUAAAACAAAUGUUCCAUACUUUACCAUGUUUAUUGAGGAAGGCAUGAGCAGUGGUUCAGAAGAGCUAACGAACAAAGAUGUCAGUAUGAGUGUUCUUUUAUUUUAUCUCACUGACUCAUAACCAGUUAUCAUCAGCUAGGUUUGUUUAGUCGUGAACAGAAUACAUGUUUAAGCCAGUCUUGCAUGAAGCAGUGAUACUCUCAUAUUGUUUGGUCAGACCAGAUGCUCAGGUUUAUGAAACUGCAGGUUGAUAGGAGUAUUACUUUACAGGAGGGUCAUGAUUCAGUUUCAGUAAACAAAGGUUGUGAAGGUACAUGGUUUGCUAUAUGACGAUAACUGUAUGUUUGAGCUCGGCAAUUGAUUCCUCUGGAUAGUCAGUUCAUCAUCAGUGUUCACGAAUAGCGUCUGACCCUCAGACAAAUCCGGCAGAUUGCCCAACGGUCCGAUAGAAAUCUACAACCCGCCGGCCCCAGUUUCUGA